AAUCUUUGUAGAAAAUAAUAGACAACUUACUACAGGUUUUAGAUGAAUGAUUUUCCGCAAAAAAGAAGGUGUAAUAAAAAGCUGAGAAAUAGUAGUGAAGAAAACAUGGACAAGAUAGUACACAGAGAAGUUGAGAAACAAAGGAGACAAGAAAUGGCUUCUCUUUACGCAUCUCUUCGCUCUCUUCUCCCUCUCGAGUUCAUCCAGGGAAAGCGUUCGACGUCAGAUCAGCUGAACGAGGCGGUGAAUUACAUAAAGUAUUUGCAGACGAACAUCAAGGACAUGAGUUCCAAGAGAAAUAACCUCAUGUUAUUGCCUGGACGAAGCUUUGGGAGUAGUAAUGGAGGAGAUAGGAAUGAGAUUUCUAAUCAAGCCGUGAUUCGUCCGUGUUUAGUCGGCCUAGAAAUCGUGUUUAGCGUUAUCCAAACGCCGUUGUCAAGGGUUCUGCAACUGUUUCGUGAACACGGUCUUUGUGUUCUUAGCUCCAUCUCCUCCACUGUGAAUGAUAGACUCAUUUACACUGUACAUGCUGAGGUCAACGAUCUGGCUUUAAUUGACUUUGCAGACCUCAAGGAUACCCUUACAUUUAUGAAGUAAACGUUUUCUUUAGUAGAUAUAUCUUAACUUCUCAAACCAAAAAUUAAAAAAAAAAAAAAAGUAAAAACGAUGUAUAUAGAUAGUUUCCUUGGACUAGUAUCUGUGUAUCUGUAUAUAUCUGCGUUUUUCAGAUCUUUAACAGAAAUAA